UGUGUUUCCCUCGCUCACCUCCCUCGUCACUCUCACACUCGAUCUCACCUCUCACUCUCGAUCUCUCUCCCUCAAAAACACCCCCCUCUCACUCGUUCUCUCUCCUGCUGCUCACCUCUCUCUCACUCCGGCGCCCAGUGACCCGCACGGUUGGCCAAACCGCCGGCCAUCUUCUCCAGUCGAAACCGGGCGGCCAUCCCCCACUCCAUCUCCCCGAUAGAUCGACGUAUCCUCUCUCUACGGCGCCCAGAUAGUGCUCUCUCUCUCUCCGGUCGGCGAUUAUUCCGCCGUUACUGUUCAUGCACUAGUAGAUGGCAUGGAUGUCCUUGCUGUGAAACAGGCGUGCAAAUUUGCCAAGGAGCACGCUUUGAAGAAUGGGCCCAUUAUUCUUGAAAUGGACACUUACAGGUACCAUGGUCAUUCCAUGUCUGAUCCUGGAAGCACAUACCGCACUUGCGAUGAGAUUUCUGGUGUGAGACAGGAGCGUGAUCCAGUUGAAAGAGUAAGAAAGCUGGUAUUAUCUCAUGAUCUAGCUACUGAAAAGGAGCUAAAGGAUAUGGAGAAGGAAAUAAGAAAACAAGUUGAUGAAGGCAUUGCUCAAGCCAAGGAAAGUCCAAUGCCGGAACCUUCUGAACUAUUUUCCAAUGUGUAUGCCAAAGGAUUAGGAGUUGAGUGAGGUAUCAGCUUUACAAAUUGGCUGCUGGAUCGUGCAUUUAUGGAUGAAGCUAUAGAUUCACACCUAAUUAAACUUUUUGUGCGCUGUGAUGUUGAUUUUUCUAAUUUCGGUUGCAGGCUUUUGGACCAGAUAAAAAAGAACUUAGAGCUGUGCUCCCAUAAUUUCACAUUUAUGUUGGAGGUUGCCAAAACCCCUAGUAACAAUAAGAGGUUUGAGUGAAGAUGGUCAUCUCAUCCUGGUUUUUGAAUUUCAUUCCUUGUUUUGUAUAGGAAACUGAUUCUUGUAGCUAGGGCUGAGCGUCGGUCGGUAAUGUCGGUUUCGGUAGAAAAUUUUUAUUUUCGCCUUUCGAACCGACAAUGUCGGUAAAGUCGGUUAUUUCACCGACUUAUUCCGUCAAAUUUUAUUUUAUUUCGCAUUUCGAACCAAAUGCGGUCGAAAAAGUCGGUGUCGGUUGGAAGUCGGUGUCAAUUAUGUCGGUAUGUGAAAAAGUGGCAAAUUUGUCGGUAAAGUCGGUUCGGUUAAAAAACCUCUUCCGCUUACCGAACCAAAAAAUUCGGAAUAAAAAAAAUCAUGCCGCCUAUUGUUCGCCAUUUAGUCGGUAACGGUCGAAAUCAGACGAAAGUCGGUCAAAAGUCAGUUAAUCGGUAAUUUGCUCAGCCCUACUUGUAGCUAUGUGGCAGAAUUGUUACAUUCCGACUACUUUUUUGGGAGAGCCUACAAUCUGAUAUUUCUGUGAUUGAUUUUAAUA